AUGUCCGAAAAGGAGUCAAUAAAAUGUCGAGCAGCAGUAUUGUACAAGGAGGGUGAGAAAAUGGUGGUGGAAGAGGUGCUGAUUGCCCCACCCACCGGAGACCAGGUUCGAAUUCGAAUGGUCAGCGCGGGCAUUUGCGCCAGUGACGGACACCUCGCCUGGGGAGAGCAGUUUCUGGCGGACUACCCCGGCCACAGUACGCCCAUUGUGCUCGGCCAUGAGGGCGCCGGCGUUGUCGAGUCCGUCGGAGAGAAGGUGACCAGUGUGCAGGUGGGCGACCACGUCCUCACCACCAUCACGCCCGCCUGUCGAGACUGUGAGAACUGCUCCAGUCCGCUGACUAAUCUGUGCAGCACGCAAAGCUUUUUGCACUUGGCCUAUGUACCCAAUAAGAAGCUGCUCAAUGGAACCGAUGUCAAGGGAAUUGGCGGAUUGGGCGUUUACAGCGAAUACACUCUUCUGCGACAGUCGCAAAUUGUGAAGAUAAAUCGUGCGGCCAAUCUAGAAAACGCUGCCAUCAUCAGCUGUGCGGUUGCCACAGGAUACUUUGCGGCACAAAAUCAGGCCAAAGUGCAGCCCGGCACGACUGCCGCUGUCUGGGGACUAGGUGCAAUCGGCCUGAAUGCAGUGUACGGCUGCAAAAUGGCCGGUGCCAAGAACAUUAUUGGCAUUGACAUAAACGAGGACAAAAAAGAAGUGGCUCUGGCGUUUGGCGUCACUGAGUUUGUCAACCCAAAAACGCUCGACGUGCCCAUUGAUGAGUACCUGAAGCAGAACUACCCGAAUGGAAUUGACUACGCUUUUGACUGCAUUGGCAAUCAGACUGUCAUUGACACUGCUCACAAGUCACUUUCGCUCUAUGGAACACUGGUGCUGGUGGGAGUGCCUCCAAAGGGCACUUCACUGCUGGUCGAUGUGGCCAACUUUCUCACCGGAAAAAAGGUGGUCGGCGCAUUUCUCGGCGGCAAAGACUGUCAAGAGGGGUACACUGAGCUGGUGGAGAU